AUGAGCGACGAUGAGGACUUCGAGGUUGAAAUGCCUGAGCUGGCCGCCGAUGACCCCAUGAGAGCAUUUUUGCCUCAAGCUUUCGGAAAGAAGACCAAAGAGGCGGACGUUGCCGCGCAAAUUGGCCGAACGAAACGACCUAUCGAGAAAACACCAGUGGCAGCACACGUUGGAAAGGGACAGACAUCGCGCAUAGCACAAGAGCCAGCAUCCAAAGACUAUGGGUCGGACGAUGAUAGCAAUUCGGAUGACUCGGACUCGUCGGAGGAUGACGAGUAUCCAGUCUCCCACGAACUGGUCUUGAAAACACACGAUCGCGCGGUAACCACUACGACUCUGGAUCCUUCCGGCUCAAGACUGAUCAGUGGCUCAACAGACUGCACUCUGAAGCUGCAUGAUUUCGCAUCCAUGACCCCGACGACCUUGCGUGCUUUCAAGAGCGUCGACCCAAGCGCAUCAAAAUCAUCUGAACAUUCAGAGACACACCCUAUCAACCAUGUCGAAUUCAAUCCUUCGUACGGCGGCUCAUUUCUCUGUGUAUCGGCCCAUCCGCAAGCGAAGAUAAUGAGCAGAGAUGGAGAAGUUCUGGCAGAGUUUGUGAAAGGAGACAUGUAUCUAAGGGAUAUGAACAACACAAAAGGGCACGUCUCUGAAGUAACAACUGGUACAUGGAAUCCUGUCAACAAGGACAUUUGCGUUACUGCCGGCACCGAUAGUACUCUGCGAAUUUGGGACAUCAAUCACCGAAGAAGUCAAAAAGAGGUCAUAGUCCAUAAGUCGAGAGCGGCAGGGUCAGCAGGUAGAACGCGGAUGACAGCUGUCGUCUGGGGAAGUCCAUUGCAAGGAGGAAACAACAUUCUGGUAGCCGCCGCCCUUGACGGAAGCCUCGUGAUGUGGAGCGGUGAUGGGCCUUUCGCAAGACCAGCGGCCGAAAUUAGAGAAGCUCACACUCCUAGCACUUGGACUGGCGGCAUUGAUGUUAGUGCUGAUGGACGUAUGGUUGUUACCAGGGGCGGAGACAAUCUUAUAAAGCUUUGGGAUACCCGAAAGUUCAAGGCGCCAGUCGUGACAGUGUCUCAUCCAUCGACAUCAGAUCAUUAUACAAUGACGAACAUCAAAUACUCCCCCAAUUCAUCCAGCAUCCUCACCGGAUCCGCAUCUGGCCACCUCCACAUACUGAAUCCUGGAAAUCUCAAAGCAGAGCUUGUGACCCCAGUGACCCCAGGGUCGCCGCUUAUUACUGUCCAGUGGCAUCCGAAACUCAACCAAAUAAUCACUGGAUCCACAAAUUCAGAGGUUCACGUUCUUUAUAAUCCAAAUACCUCAUCUCGAGGUGCUGUCGAUGUCAUGUCUCGUGCACCAAAGAAAAGACACGUCGACGAUGACCCUAAUUUUACUACUGAUCAGUCUACUGGCAUUUCAGGCGAUAGCAUCAUCACUCCUGGCGGGGUCAUGACAACCGCAAGCUCUACAUCCUUUGCAGCGCGUCAUCCCACUGUCGGCCUGACAGCUUCGGGCAGAUCGCGCGAUCCACGUAGGCCGCAAAUACCAAUGGUUACGCCUUUUAUGAAGUCUCAGCCAGAUGAACAACAUAUCAACGAGAGUAUACCACUGAGUAGUAUGCGCGACGAAGAUCCCAGAGAGGCGCUGCUCAAGUAUGCCGAAUUGGCUAAAAAAGAUCCAAUCUUUACAAACGCAUGGAAAGAGACACAGCCAGUAACGCAAUAUCGCGAAGCCAGCGAUGACGAAGACGACGGGCCAGACAAGAAGAAAGCAAGACGAUAA